AUGGCCGCAGCGUCGCCGUCGGCCUUUGACGUCCGAGAGCACGUCGUCGAGGCCCAGCACAUCCGCGAAUACCCCCACGGGACCGCCCACUCGCAAGAGGACGUGCUGCACCUCGCCGUAAAGCAGUACAUCCCGCGGAGCAACCCGGAUCCGCAGCCCGGCGACGUGACCAUCAUCGCUUCGCAUGCCAAUGGCUUUGUCAAGGAGUUGUAUGAGCCAUUAUGGGAGGAUCUCGUGCGGGCCCUGGGCCAGCGAGGCGUGCGCGUCCGCGGCAUCUGGAUCGCCGACGUGGCAUGGCAGGGCCAGAGUGGUAUCAUCAACGAUGAGCAUCUCGGCAACGAUCCCUCCUGGACAGACCACGCGCGCGAUCUGCUCCUAAUGGUGAACAAGUUCCGUUCCGCCAUGGUCCGGCCGCUGAUCGGGGUGGGCCACUCGUUCGGGGCCAACAUCAUCGUGAACCUGGCGCUGCUGCACCCGCGGCUGCUGUCGUCGCUAGUACUCCUGGACCCGGUGCUGUCGCACUUCGCGCGCGCGGGCCCCGCGUACGGCUACAUGCCCAUGAAGCAGUCGGCGUACCGGCGGGACCGGUGGCCGUCGCGGGCCGAGGCGGCCGCGGGGUUCCGGCGCAACGCCUUCUACUCGACAUGGGACCCGCGCGCGCUCGAAGCGCUGAUCGAGCACGGCCUGCGCGACGACGGCGGCGACGACGGCCGCGUCACGCUGACCACGUCCAAGCACAUGGAGUGCUUCACCUACUACCGGCCCAAGGCGCAGGGCUACGACGCGGCAACGGGCCAGCGCGUCAUCGAUACCGCCAAGAAACCCGUCGACGCCACUAGCGACUUCGCCAGCAACGGGAACGCCGACUUUGUCUUCUACCGGCCCGAGAGCCCCCUAACGACUGAGCGGCUGCCUAGCCUCCGCCCGGGGGUGCUGUGGGUGUUUGGCGAGCACAGCGGGGUAAACCCGCCUGACGUGCGGCAGGAGAAGAUGGACCUGACGGGAGUCGGGGUUGGGGGCAGCGGCGGUGUUGCCGCAGGACGGGUGCGCCAGGUCAUGCUUGAGGGCUACGGGCAUCUGGUGCCGAUGGAGGCGACGACGCGGUGUGCCGAACAUGCAGCUGAGUUCGUCGCGGCCGAUCUGGCCUUUUGGCGCGACGAGCAGCGCGAGUUCCAGGAGUGGGCAAAAAAGCCUAAAGCCGCCAAGCAAAUGCUCGACGACGACUGGAUGCGCUGGCUUGGCCCCCUCGAGAGGAAGAAACCACAACAACCGAAGUUAUAA